GCCGAUAAUUUUCUAAUUUAACAGUCAAUGUGAUGUCAUUGUGAGGGGGAGACGCCAGGGAGCGUCUUAAUUCGCCAUCUAUUGCGCUCACUCCAUCUUCAGUCCAUCCCUCCCCCGGCUCCCGUCGGACAGAGCGGCAGACGCACGCACUACCGUCCCUGGACCAUUCAGUGGGUCACCACUAUCCAAGAAAAACAACUACAGGUGAAAGUAAUAACCGUAAUAAAUAAAGCGGCUGUCGGAGAGGAUCGCGGAAAGGGCGACGGAAGAAGGUGGGAUAUUAUUUACGGAGGAUAAUGCGUGAAAGUCGCCUUCGCUGCUGUCGGAGAAUCGGAAUAGAGCAAGCGGUGGAUGGGGUGACAUACCCCACAAGGAGGUGCCGAAGCUGGCCCGCCGGGUGGUGCGCGUCCUGGACCGGUCUCCGGUGCUGACGGGCGAGAUCCGGAGAGGGGGGAAGGAGACAGGAUGCAGGGGGUGACGGUGACCGGAGAGGCGCCCAUUCUGAAUGGUGGCGGGAGGGAGGAGCAGCGCCCCCUGAAGCAGUCCCUGAGCGGCUCCUUGUGUCGAGAGUCCCACUGGAAGUGCCUGCUGCUCACUCUGCUCAUGUACGGCUGCUUCGGCACGCUGGGCUGGUGCUCCUUCUACCGCGUCACCGUCAUGGCAGACGACCACGGCUCCGCCUUCUACUACGGCAGCCGCGCCCGCCUCUACCAUGACAGCCCCUGCUCCAACGGCUAUGUCUAUAUCCCGCUGGCCUUCCUGGUGAUGCUCUACGCCGUCUACCUGGUGGAGUGUUGGUACUGUUACUCCAAGACAGCCACCCUGGCCAAGGUGGAGAUCAGCGACGUCUACGAGCGCGUGCAGCGCCUACAGCGGGCCACGCCCUGCAUCUGGUGGAAGGCCAUUAGCUACCACUACGUACGGCGCACACGGCAGGUGACACGCUACCGCAACGGCGACGCCUACACCACCACGCAGGUCUACCACGAGCGCGUCAACACACAUGCCGCCAGCUCCGAGUUCGACUACAUCCGGCACGGCGUCAAGGACGUCUCCAAGGAGCUGCUGGGCCUGCUGGACCACCCGGCGACUCGGCUCCGCUUCACCAAGUGCUUCAGUUUUGCUAGUGCCCGCGCCGAGACCGCCUACCUCACCCAGCGUGCCCGCUUCUUUGGAGACAACGAGGGCCUGGACGACUACAUGGAGGCCCGCGAGGGCAUGCACUUAAAGAACGUGGACUUCCGGGAGCACCUGCUGGCCUUCCCGGAUCCGGCCCGCCUGCCCUGGUUCGCCCGGCACCACGUCUUCUGGCUGGCCUCCGCCCUGCUCCUCUCCUGGCCUCUCCGCGUGGUGGCUGAGUACCGGACAGCCUACGUCCAUUACCACGUGGAGAAGCUGUUCGGCGACGGUGACGACACCCGCGAGGGUGGGGAGCAGGGAGAGAGCGGCCGGGGCGGGGGAGCAGCGCCCAGUUCUAGUUACCGUGCCAUCUCACGGGUCAACACUGUGGACAUGACCGAGCUGGAGUGGCACAUCCGCUGCAACCAGCAGAUGGUGCCCAGCUACUCCGAGGCCUUACUCAUGGACCCGGACCCCAACGCGAACCCUGCUUUACCCACUAGGGGGAGCUCCCUGGCCAGGUUGGGGCCCCACAGUGGUGGCUACUUCCUCCAGAACUGCCCCCGCUGCAGGAGAUCCCCCAGUAGCACUUCGCUGCCCUCGAGGGUGAGGGGUAGUGUCUCCAUUGCGACGGCAGGGCGACCAGGGGGCCGCGGGGCCACGAGGCUGGCACCAAGCCGCAGCGGCUUCUCCCUGGGCCGCCUGCAGACGUCGCGCCACGCCUGCCUGUUCCACUCCAGGAGCUUGGGAGGCCUAGGAGCCAGGGGGGAGGACGGGGGCGGGGGGUUCCUGGGAUUCGGGGCCCGACGGGAUGAGGAAAGCCAGGGUGUGCUGGGGAGAGGGGGGUACGGUGAUGAGGAGGAGGAGGAGGAAGAGAGGGCGUCCGAGCAGGAUGUGGAGAGGGAGACGGACACUAAUCGGCAAGGAGACAGACCCCCCGACUACCGCGAUGCUCUGUUCUUCCCCUUGCUGAUCGUCCACGGGGAGGAGAGUUGCCAUGGCGAGGGAGCGCUGUGAUGGAGCAGCCGCUGACAAGAACGGGCGUCCGUACCCGGAGAGAGGGACAGGGGAGGGCGAGGGCGGGUCAGGGAGACAGACACGGAGAGGAGAAACAUAUCGAGCCUGAGAGGAGAGAGACAGGCGGAGGAACGGGACGCGAAUGUCAGGGGAGGAGGGAGGAGGAGCUUUCAGAGCUCGGGGGACAAGUAAUAACCGUGACAGGCUGUCUUCCGAAGAUGGACGAACAGGAGGGGCUUUGCACUAAAGGGAAUCACGCGGGUGAGCUAAUGGUGAAUGCAGAGUGGCUCGGUAAAGCUGCCUGUGAAUGUAAACCUCACACCAGAGCAGAAGAUGACAGGUCUGACACCAGCUAGUUCUGCAGGUGGAGACUGUCGUCUGGUGACGCUUGAGGUGUAAACGUGAGGAUCGCUAAUGCAGGACUGCUUCGGCCUACCGUCCGCUGGCAUUCGGGCACUUCCCCGGUGGUGACCUUUGACCUUUCGCGUUUAAUCUACGCCAAAAUGAAUGGAUUCCACCCCAUUCAUCUCUGGACAACAUCGCCUUAAAUCGGCGUCAUCUUCAGAACGAUCCUGGCCCUUUACGUCACGCUAGACGACUUUUUCGGUUCUGGGGGGAACAAAAGCAGAAAAGUCGUACGAUUUGUCGCCAGUGGUGACUAUGGUUCGCCCAGAAACUGCUCUCUUUGUGGGGUCGGGAGUGAGCAGAAUGAGCUCGGCCCCGAACACAUGCACUGUCCAAGACUGACACGUUCACGCAGACAGAUUGUACACACAUUACUCUGUUUCGAAACGAGGCAACAAGGACUUUAGUGUCUCCUGGAUACAGCACAAAGCGUCUGUGGAAUAGCACCCAUAAAAUGAAACGUACAGACUCUGUGCGGAGCAAGUGUAGUAUGUGCCUGCAGUGAACUGCUUGGGGACAGGCACCCCCUCCCCCAAUCACCACCCCCGGGAUCAUCACCAGGUGCACAGGGGACGGCUUUUAGGGUUAUGGGUUCUCGUUCUCAUGCUAUGAUUUUUUUUUUUCCCCCUGCAUUUAAAUUGAAAUGGUAAACAAGACUGAGCACAGGUAAACGAAACAGACUCUCAGAGGGAUAGGAGGAUCUGGAAUGGCGAAGGAGGGAGAGAGACGUGGGGAGGGAGGGGGGGGGAUGAAACAUUCUACCCGCUGCCUUGCAUAAGCUUGUCACUGCUUUCUUCCGAUCUUUUUUAAAAGCGUUCUUUUGUACGUUCCUUUGCUAUGCCGUUCAGCUAUAAAUGUUGUCCGCUCGCCAGGGCUGUAGAAUGUUGUGAUACUCAUGAAUGUGGUGAAGCACAUGGCUUCGAACCUGCAACCCCACGCACACAACCGCCACCCCCUGUGCCGCACAGUCACCAGUCGCUCGGCCUGCUGGGAAGGCAAGUCCCUCCGGAGCGCCGUGGGGUUCCUUCAUACAUCAGGUGGUUUUUAGGUCUGGCCCUCGUCCUGAAUGCACACGUGAUUUUUAUACCAGCCAGAUGUAGAGAUCACUGCUGGUGGUGGGGCGGGGGGGGCAUACACCCAGAGCGCCCCCUGGUGGAACACACAGGAAUGUCUCGCAGUGGGAGGGGCAGUCCUGUAAGCCCCUCCCUCCAGGAACAUCAUUCACCAUCUCCCAGAUCUGUGUUCAGUUAAGACCUUAACACGCUAAGGCAUGUUUGUGAAUUCGCGCACACACACGUAUGGUUAAGAAGCACGAGAUGGAGGCUUCCUGUCUCCCUAAGCAUGGAGAUUAGCCUACAAAACGUAUGCAAGCACAUGCAAAUGCAGCAAAACAGACACAAACAAAGCACAAAUAAGCACGCAGGAGGAGUGAGAGUGGGGGCAGUGCCUCUGUGAGCUGCACCAGAAGCUGCGUUCAGAACCUUAGGCGUCGCUGAAGGCCCUCGUACCAUGAUCACAUCACUGCUUCUCUGAACACCGGUAGAGGCCAUUAGACCACUUAACAUAACACAGAUGUUGUCAUCUGCCUCCACACAUUCUGGAACCUUCCGUGGCCUCUUUUCGGGUUCAGAGUCACCGCGCGUAAAAGUCUCCUCCUCCGAAUGCCCAUCGGUCCUGUCGGGUCGGCCGACAUGGGGUGCGGAGCGGUCGACUGCGAGCGGGCCUUGUGACCCGUGUCACGACCCAGUGUCCUGAUCAUUCCCAGGAUGGGUCCGGUGUGUUUAUUGGAAGGGUGUCUUAUGGAACGUCCGAAAGUCACUGUAGAUCUGGAA